AACAGCUUUUGGAAGAAAUUUGUACUUUCAUAGUACAACGUAUUCAACCUCGAAAAGAUGUAUGUUACACGAAUGUAAGUGCAUCAUUGGAUACAAUCGCACAAGAAGUACUGAAUUCUCUUAGAAAGAAGCAUCCGAACCAUUCAAUAUUCUCCACGUCUGAUGAAACUUUUUCUUAUUGGAAAACCAACAAUAUCAAAGAUAAUCAUUGGAAUGAAACAGAAAGUACGCAGAUUAUGGAUACACUCCAGGAAUAUAUAUUUGGCACCUUGAACUUUCGACCAUGCAGAUCCUUUCGCGUACUUAUCAAUUGUUUGUGUAUAGAUUAUGUUUUACAAACUAAAUAUGGUCAAGAUAUCAUUGUAGUUACAAUAUAUCAUAGCGUGGCUAGAAGGCUUGGUUUACGAUGCGAUGUAGUAUUUGUUAAAACUGAAACCUGUAUAUUUUGGAAACCAAAAUUCGUCACUAAUAAUUUAGACAAUGCGCGAUGUUUUCACAUAAAAGACGAGAAUUUCCCGAUGUGUUUUAAUAAUUUUCCAGAACACUACACCGUGAUAAGAACUAAAGAGAUGUUGUCGCUACUAAGAGAUUUCUAUGGAAUGUUUAUAACUAGACAUGAAUUAACCACUAUGACAUUAGUCAAAGUGCAUUGUGAUGUGCUGAUAACAUACCCGCACUAACAUAAUCGGAUAUUAGUAUAUAAUAUAAACAAUUGUAAAAAUAAAGAACUUUGUGAGGAUCUUGCAGA